GAAGACUUGUGCAAUCAAACCACUAGAGAAGGAACAGAAGAAUAUCGAAGUAAUCCAACUGGAGUUAUAAAAGUUGUAAAAUGUCACUAGUGGGCGCCCUGCCUUUCCUGAAACCGCGCCUAUCCCCAUCUGUUUCUCCUGGGCGCCAAAGAAGACACACACUGCCAGCAAGCGAGUUCCGACCGCUCAACACGCAAGAUGCCAUCAGCGUGUUCGAAAUCGAGAAAGAGGGUAAAUUGUCCAUAGAUUCAGUUAUAAAUGUGUGUAUGUAUUAUGUGUUAUGAAUUAAUGGCACGAAUAUGCAAUGUAUGAGUGGUAACAGGGGUACUCAAGGUGCGCGUAAAACUCGUGCCAACAGCCUCUCCAUGAGCUUUACGCACGUUGACUGCGGCGCUCUAGUCUGUCUCUUGCUUUCCAUAACACUUUGUAUUUAUCCCUCGUUCUGGCUUUAAUGCACUGAUACGGAUCCGCCUUGGCAUUCUUAUAUACAGUAAAUCCAAGGAUUAUGAAAACGUGUCUCUCUCUUUUCCUCCGCCAGCCUUCAUCUCUGUGUCAGGAGACUGCCCGCUCCACCUUGAUGAGGUCCGUCAUUUCCUCACGCUGUGUCCAGAGCUGUCCAUGGGCUGGUUUGAGGAGGGGAGACUAGUAGCCUUCAUCAUUGGGUCCCUAUGGGACCAGGACAGGCUCACCCUAGUAAGACACCUUCUAUGAUGUUAUAUAAUUUCCUAUUGAUUCAUAGGUCAUUUACUCUAUAUCUUACUGUGUUUUUAUUAACUCACUGAUAGUUUUUCAAACUCAGGUGCUCUGUAUUACAUCACUGUACAUAUUAUUGAAUGCACUCUGCUUGAGCUACAUUUGCAUUUUUCCUUUGCUGCAGGAAGCCCUAACUCUUCACAAGCCCAAAGGCUCCACAGUUCAUAUCCAUGUGCUGGCAGUCCACCGGACCUUCCGGCAGCAGGGCAAGGGCCCUAUCCUGAUGUGGCGCUACCUGCAGUACCUGCGCUGCCUGCCCUAUGUGCGCCGUGCAGUGCUCAUGUGCGAGGACUUCCUGAUUCCCUUCUACCAGAAGUCUGGCUUCAAGGUGCAGGGCCGCUGUUCCAUCACGGUGGCAUCACUGACCUUCACAGAGAUGCAGUACCCUGUGAGGGGCCAUGCCCUCAUGCGCCGCAACAGUGAAGCUAUUGGUUUUCCUCAGACUGCGUUAUUAUUGGAAGAACAGACUCAGAGGCUUGAGUCUGUGUUAUUAUUGGAGGAACCAAUUCAGAAGAGUGAGACUGCAUUGUUAUUGGAGGAACAGACUCAGAGGACUGAGCCUGAGCCUGCUGAUGUGUAA